AUGAUCAGAAACAACCCCACCACACAAUACCCAGAGCACGACGAUGAGGAGGAAUGGCCUCUAGGCAUGCGGCAUUGGGCACUGCCAUUCAUCCUGUUCCUCAUGUACAUCAAAAUUGCCAACUAUCUCAGCACGUCAUAUGAUAGUGUGUGUAUGGAACGAGGUGGCCUACCGAUCCAAAGAUUCAACGAAUGGUCGCCAAAACUCGACGAUAUCAAAAUUGAUAUCCAGAAUAUUACACGGGAACUAAACGACAAAGAGACGUCACGAACUCUUAACGCAAUUUAUAUACCUGUGGAUAUAGCUACCAGCCUUCGAAAAGAAAACCAGCAGCUGAAAGAAGCUAUUGACUGCGAGUUCGAUGACGAGAGACUUGUACAAAUCGCGAAGGAGAGCGAGCGCAUAGAUAUCCAAGCCUAUAUAUUACUCGGCCGGUUACGGAAGCUACAGGAGCCCAGAAGAGAGAUCUGGGCAAAGCUCAGCGGUCAGUUCCGCCAAGACCUCAGCAAGAUCACCUACAACGUAUGCUAUGCUUCUACACAACUCGAGAACCUUGCACGAGAAGCCAAAACGUUCAAUAAGCCGACGCUGCGACAAUUGCAAAAGGUAAGUGUUGCCACAUACGUUCUUUGCCGAGAGAGUCGUAGCGAUGCUCAGAAACUCAAUGAGUUUGUCGAUCAGCUUGGCGUUCAACUAUCACUUGUUGAAACAACGAUGAACAGGGCCAAUGGGCUUUUUCGUGACAUUUUUGCGACGACACCAGGUGUGACAACACUUUGGAAGUACUGGAUGGCUAAAGGGGCGAUGACAGAGGAAGAACUUGACAGCUACGAGGCCGAACGCAUGAUGAUUGGAAGAGGUGUGAUCAAUAUGUUGGAUGGGGGGUUUGUUUUACCUGAGCCGGUCUCAAGGUGA